GCACGUACGGGGCGCAACCUGGUAAAAGAGUACCUGCAGCGGCGAGCAGGGGGACAUAAGAAGAGACGGGGGACGCAGCAAGACGCAGGCAUAUGAAAAAAACUGAAGAUGCUACUGAUGACAAUCUGGAUUGUGAAGCUGAUGAGUUUUCAGAUGAAGCAAGUGCAGAAUCUCUCUAUAACACCUUUCCGACCAGCAUUUCCCGACAGAUGAAGCGAAUGUCAUCCAAGAACCAGUGGAAUAAUACAGGGAGGCCAGUUGGCCAUUUCACGUUCAAUGAAAAGAUGAGUAGACCAAAUCCAUCACCUCACAAAGAGAGCAGCAAAACCACUGGAAAUGUUGAGGAUCAUAACUAUAAGCAAGAGAAGAAGAACAGAGCCACUUUAAGAAUGACUGAGCGGGAUCAAAAAAAAAAUGUGCAGUGCUCCUUUUUGCUUGACCCAGGAAGUGGGCCCCUGACAAAAAAAUCUAUUCCAGAUGUUGAUCUUAAUAAACCAUAUCUCAGUCUUGGCUGCAGUAGUUCCAAGCUACCUGUAUCUGUACCUGUUUCAUUAGCUAGGACUACAAGGCAGAGCUCCAGGACUGACUGCCCAGCUGACCGUCUCAAGUUCUUUGAGACACUGCGACUUUUGUUGAAACUAACUUCCGUCUCUAAGAAAAAGGAGAGAGAACAAAGGGGUCAGGAAAAUACUUCUUCUAUGGGGUAUAACCAGUCUAAUGAACUUUUCUGGCUGGAACUGCAAGCUUGGCAUGCUGGUCGUAGUAUUAAUGACCAAGACUUGUACCUAUACACAGCUCGACAGACAAUUCCUGACAUCAUUAAUGAAAUUUUAACUUUUAAGGUGAACUAUGGGUCUUUAUUUAGCGAUGCUGAUAACAUCAAUGGGACAUUUAGAGAAAGACCAUUUAUUGUCUCACCAGGAUCUUUUGCUUUUGGCCACUCAAGUUAUCAUGAACAUAUCCAGAAGCAAAAAAUAUCGUUUGAACAAGUAAAGCAGAUUAUGGACCUGCUGGAAUACAUUGAGGCACUUUACCCAUCUUUGAAUGCUCUUCAGAGGGAUUAUGAAAAAUAUGCUGCAAAAGAUUUUCAGGCUAGAGUGCAGGCACUUUGCCUGUGGCUUAAUAUAACCAAGGACUUGAAUCACAAAUUGAGGAUAAUGGGAUCUGUUCUUGGUAUCAAGAACUUGUCAAACAUUGGCUGGCCAGUGUUUGAAAUUUCUUCACCAUGUCCAUCAAAUUGCCCAGAGGAUGAACAUGACAACAUAGAACAUGAGGGACAAAUACAUGAUGGAGCACCUAGAAUGUGUAGAGAGGAAAGAGAAGAAGAAGAGCUAACAAUUAACAAUUUAGAUUUGAGACAAGAUUUUAACAGCAAGCUAACAGUUAAUUUUUUUGAAGAAGACUACUCCUCCUCAAACAAACUAGAUAAGAUUAUGUCAGAGGAUGAUUUUAGCUGGGGAAAUCCAGAGUGCAAUGAUAGUGAUUGUAAUAGGCAUUGUUCAACCUCCAUUUAUAGACCUUUUGUUGACAAAGCUCUGAAACAGAUGGGACUGAGGAAACUUAUUCUGAGACUGCAUAAAUUAAUGCAUGGUUCUCUUCAGAGAGCACGUAGAGCCUUAAUGAUGGCUGAUCGUACAUUUGAUUUUUCAGAAUACCCUGACCUGAUGUUAUGUUCGGAUUACUUGCCUGACCUGUUGAAGCAAUCACGUAGUACCGUGCAGAGCUCAGAACCUGCUUGUGACCCUGUGUCAUGGGAGGAAUUAAAGUCGAUGGACCUGCCAUCCUUUCUACCUGCUUUUUUAGUCCUCUGUCGGGUCCUUCUAAAUGUUAUUCAUGAAUGUCUCAAACUGAGACUGGAGCAAAGGCCAGCUGGGGAACCAUCACUCCUGAGCAUUAAGCAGUUAGUGAGAGAGUGCAAAGAAGUUCUGAAGGGCGGACUUCUCAUGAAACAAUAUUAUCAGUUCAUGCUCCGAGAAGUGUUGGAUGACCUGCAGAAAUUGGAUUGUGACAUUGAUUCAUUUGAAGAUGAUCUUCACAAAAUGUUAAUGGUGUACUUUGACUAUAUGCGGAGCUGGAUUCAAAUGCUUCAACAGUUACCUCAAGCUUCACACAGUCUAAAAAACCUGCUAGAGGAAGAGUGGAAUUUCACCAAAGAAAUCACUCCACUUAUACGUGGGGGGGAAGCACAGGCAGGGAAGCUUUUUUGCGAUAUUGCAGGAAUGCUGCUGAAAUCCACUGGGAAAUUUCUUGACUCUGGUCUUCUGGACAGCUGUGACGAAUUCUGGGCCAGCACUGAUGAUAGUAGCAUCUCGGAUGAAAUAAGGAGAUCUGUUAUUGAAACCAGCCGAGCACUGAAAGAGCUGUUUCAUGAAGCCAGAGAGAGAGCAUCCAAAGCACUUGGCUUUGCAAAGAUGCUGAGAAAGGAUUUGGAAAUAGCUGCAGAAUUUACUUUUGCCUCUACUAUUCUUGAACUACUUGCAUUUUUAAAAGCCAAGGAUUAUGCAAAGGUGCUCAUCCCUUCUGUGGAAAACCUUCAUGUGUUUAUACCAGGUAAUCUCUCUAGAGAAAAGAUCAUUGUUCAGCAAUUACUUGGUACUGCAGCUGGCAUAGACUGUUCCAAAGACUGUGAGGACAUGGCAUAUGACCAGUUCCUGCUCAUGACGAAGCAUAUCGAUAAAGAUAAACCUCAGGAGGAUUGGAACAGUUGGGAUGGAUGCUGUAUUAAAAGCAUGCCACCAGUGGAAACAGCAGAUACUCUAAGAAGUAUGCAGACUGACAACCUUCUGCUGGUGGUAAUGCAGUCAGCCCACCUCCAGAGUCAAAGAAAGGCUUUCCAGCACUCCACAGAAGGGCUUUUAUCUUUGCGAUUGGAGCAGACAUCAAGCCAUCCAAUGAUUGCAGAGGCUUUGUUCCAACUCAAGAGUGAAGCUCUGCAACUCUGCAAUGAAAUUAGCAGUGCAAUUGACCGUGUUGAUAAAAUGUUCACCAAUGAGUCUGAAGCAGAGAUUGAUGAAUCAGAAUCUUCUACUUUGCAGCAGUAUUACAGAGAAGCAAUGAUUCAAGGUUAUAACUUUGGCUUUGAGUAUCACAAAGAGGUGGUUCGUCUGAUGUCUGGAGAGUUCAGACAGAAAACUGGUGACAAAUAUAUCAACUUUGCUAGAAAGUGGAUGAACUUUGUGCUGACAAAAUGUGAAAGUGGUCGCGGCACCAGACCAAGGUGGGCAACCCAAGGUUUUGACUAUCUUCAAGCUAUUGAACCAGUAUUCAUUUCAGCUCUCCCAGAGGAUGACUUUUUGAGUCUACAAGCUCUGAUGAAUGAAUGCAUUGGCCAUGUUAUUGGGAAACCCCACAGUCCUGUUACAGGUUUGUACAUUGCUACUCAUCGAAACAGCCCCCGUCCCGUGAAGGUGCCUCGAUGCCACAGUGACCCACCAAAUCCAAAUCUGAUCACUCCAACUCCUGAAGGCUUCAGGGGUUCCAGUGUUCCCGAAAAUGAUCGUUUGGCCUCCGUAGCUUCAGAGUUACAGUUCAGAUCCCUCAGUCGUCACUCUAGUCCAACAGAGGACAGGGAAGAGCCGUCCUAUCCAAAAGGGGAGUUGUGGGGGUCAACUCGGCGAAGCUGGGAGCUUCAGACAUUUAUCAGUCAAACUCGAGACAUAGCUGCAAGACACCGGCCUAUGAAUGCUAUACAGGAGUCGGUCAAACAGUUUGAGGAUGAGCGCUACCGGCAAAUGAGAAAUAAAAAUAUUGUCGGCCAAGUCUGUGAUACCCCAAAAUCCUAUGACAAUGUAAUGCAUGUUGGUCUUAGAAAAGUGACUUUCAAAUGGCAGAGAGGAAACAAAAUUGGGGAAGGGCAGUAUGGCAAAGUGUACACAUGUAUUAGCAUUGACACAGGGGAACUGAUGGCAAUGAAAGAAAUACGUUUUCAGCCAAAUGAUCACAAGACUAUAAAGGAAACUGCAGAUGAAUUGAAAAUUUUUGAAGGAAUCAAACACCCAAAUCUUGUUCGUUACUUUGGUGUCGAGCUCCACAGAGAAGAAAUGUAUAUUUUUAUGGAAUACUGUGAUGAAGGGACUUUGGAGGAGGUAUCUAGACUGGGCCUGCAGGAGCAUGUCAUUAGACUUUAUACAAAGCAGAUAACCAUUGCUAUAAAUGUCCUGCAUGAGCAUGGUAUUGUUCAUCGCGAUAUUAAAGGAGCAAAUAUAUUUCUUACAUCUUCUGGACUCAUAAAACUGGGCGAUUUUGGAUGUUCGGUCAAGCUGAAGAAUAAUGCCCAGACUAUGCCUGGAGAAGUUAACAGCACACUUGGAACUGCAGCAUAUAUGGCUCCUGAAGUGAUAACCCAAGCUAAGGGAGAGGGGCAUGGGCGUGCUGCAGACAUAUGGAGCCUUGGCUGUGUUUUAAUUGAGAUGGUUACUGGCAAGAGACCUUGGCAUGAAUAUGAACAUAACUUCCAGAUCAUGUACCGAGUCGGUAUGGGACACAAGCCCCCCAUUCCUGAUCGGCUGAGCCCAGAGGGUAAAGACUUCCUUUCUCAUUGCCAGGAAAGUGAUCCAAAAAUGCGAUGGACAGCUAGCCAACUCUUGGACCAUGCAUUUGUCAAGGUUUGCACAGAUGAAGAAUGAAGGCCUAAUGUUUUUCAUCAAGUCAACUUUAACAAUACUGUAUGUAAUAUUUACAUAAGGACUCCAAAGACUUCAUAGUGACAAGCACUCCAGUUUCUCAUCUUAUUUGUUACCAUGCAGAUGAUAACUGAGACAAAAUUCAUUACAUUCAAAAGAAGCUGCAUGUGCUGUUGAUGUGCCAUUACCAUUGUACAUGGGGCAUCACAUUGUUUUAAAUUCAUUAUCUUGGCUUGUUAUUUCUCAUAAAACUGAGAACUGUAAUAAAACUUUGUACUGUCUGAACUGUUCUGGCACAAGUGCGAGUUGUUUUAUCUAGAGCCUGGACCAUGAAUAUGUUUUAUUUGUCCUGUUUGUACUUAAACCUAUCCCCUGGGGAUGUGUUAAACUUUAUAUCUCUUAUGCAAAAAGCAAAAUUAUAAUGAAAAUGAUAGAACAUUUUUUCAAAAUAAAUGGUUUAUUUCAUAA